AUGGCCGCUCGCCGCGACCCAACUCAGGGCCAUCGUCAUUCAGGAACCAACAUCGGCUAUCUUCUCUUUUGGCAACAACUUGGCUGGCGAUCAAAUAUACAAAAGAAACAAAUCUGGUGGGGAUACGGUGUUGUCGGAAUGAUUGCUUGGUUCUCGUCGACGAUUUUUCAUUGUGUCGAUUGUUGGGUGACCGAGUGGAUGGACUAUUUUUAUGUGGUUUCGCCGACAUCUGUGUGGCCGUCCUCUACACAUUACCCGCGU